CUCGGGGAGGAUCUCCUCGUUGAAAUUCUGAUCCGCGGCCUCCCAAAUCCUAGAUCCGCCUGCCGGGGCAAGCUGGUCUGCAAGCUGUGGAGCUCCCUGAUCUCCAAUCCUCGCUUCAACCGUAAUUUCGUUUCUUACCACCAGAUCACGAACCAGUUGAACCACCCACCCAUGCCGAGCGAUCCAUACGAGCUGCACUUGAUCAUCCGCAACUUUCUUCCUCCCAUGCCUAAGCAAGUGUCAGACACUAUUACAGUUUUGGACUGCAACCAGGACUUGGUUCUAUGCGGAUUUUGGGAUGUGGAUCCCUACCAGGUAAGGGAACGUAGCAGAUCUUACUUGGUCUGCAAUCCGUUUACGAAGCAGUGGAUUGCUCUUCCUUUAGCGCCCGUGUCGAGGAGGUUCAAGACAGAGGCGAACAUGGAUCGUGUUAUGAAAUCGGCCUUUUACAAGGACUACAUAGAACAUGUCACUGCAAAGGCAACUGUGCACAUGGUGGCCGAAGUCAUUAAGCACAGGCUGAAGCGAAUCGGUGGCAAGUCUCCUCCAAUAUCUCACAAUGAAUUGGAUGUGAUGGGAGCUGAUUUGGCAGAUGUUGAAGCUGAUAUAGCCAUUCUUGGCAAACAGAUAGAAAAACUGCAGAAGGCACUUGUUCACCAAACAGCAGAGCUCCCUCAUCUUCCUCCAUGCUCCAACCAAAGUCUCGUCGGGCGGGAGCCAUCUCGUUGGAGAGUGAAGCAUAUUCUGGGACUCAUCGCACGUGCUCUACAUCUUCGUAAACAUAACUUGUAAAAACCCACAUUCGGUCUGGUCGUCUGGACUUUCAUCUCUUGUAAUGCGAAACCACCAAAUCCUUCAAUUCCAAUCGUAAGUCCGACGUUUCUUGUCAAAUGAGUGAAGGAAGAUCUACGAUUAACAGAAAUGAUUGUCAGAUAGUGUGUAGGUUGCCGUAGGAAAUCUUUCAGCAGCUGGCUAGGUAUAACCCAAACAUGGAAGUGCACUUGCAACAACCAAGCCAUCCAACGUCAUCCUCGCCGGUUUUUACACCCUAUUGGACAGCAAAACUGAAGAACACGGAAAACUGCAGAACCCAAAAUGACCAACCUUCCAGUUAGGAAGAUUCAACACCGGAAACCUGUAUGCCUGUGAAUCCAAACAAAAGAAAACCGCCCGCGCAAACUCUGUACCACAACAUAUUCUAUCUACCUUUUUCCCUCUUUAACCCAGAAUUCCUCUAUGUACUCUACUCCAUCCACAGAAAUGGGGAGAAACAAAAGAGAAGGAACAACACUUUCAACAUUUGUUCUGCUUUUUCCCAUUGUAAAUGAAUCAAGAAGACGAGACAGCGGGGCCUGGGACCGAGGUGGAACCAGAUGAAGAGGCACUGGCUUCGCCUACGAGGUUCUUCUGUUUCACUAACGACGCGGGCUCUGAAACAUCCCAGAUAUCCAAAGAAUCAGGGAGAGGAAUGUCAACCUGCAGGAAGACAAAGAAAACAAAACAUAAAGUACUUGUCAACUACCAGAAGCAGAAGCAGAAAUCACCUCAUAAAUUCCACAAAAAGAGACUAUAUUCGUUAGGUCUUAGUAUAUGCUGAGAUUCAAUGGUAGCCUAACCAAUUGCUAAAGAAGCUGCAAACACUAAAUAAAUUACACCGCCGCUGGAAGGGAAAAGUUAGAAGACAAGACACCAUGGUUUACUAAACCCUACCUUGCCGGCCGGUUCAACUGGAAAUAUAGGGAAUCAGACCCCAAAUUAUAGGCGAUUUUACCGGUACGACAUGCCUGGAUCAUCGUUAAACCACAAUUUUAAUACAAAAUACCUAUCACUGACAUUUCCGGUACAACUUCCGGUACUAUUUCACAAUCCUUGCAAGAGACCCAAGUAAACACUUCAAAGUUUUCUACCACUUACUAAGAAAAAAAAUGAUGGAAGAAACCUACAAACAGUUAUGGUAGGUCAUACACAAAAUCAGCCUUUCCCCUUUUAACUUCCUGAUCUAAAGAGAAUAAUCCUUUCCUCUUCGCAUUCACUGCAUAACAUACCUAAAUUACAGCCUUCAAGCCUUCAGAAAAUAUAAGAAAAUUAUAAACAAAAAUGAGAAGCUAGAAUUUUUUUUAACAGGAUGGAUCACAGCUUUGGUAGAGAUAAACAAAUACAAUAAGUGAAGAGAGAUGAGUAAGUAGACAACCCAUCCAUACAAAGUAAACUGCGAAAAAAGAGCGAGCAAAUAUAAGAAAUAACAAUUAAAAAAAGAGCAAAACAGUGAAAAUGUACAGAGAGCAACGUAUAAGUCGGAUAAUCAGAGAUUGAGCAAUAAACCAAGCUAAAUCAGAUCCUAACUUAAGCAUCAACCAUGUAAGAUGAGAUAACUACUACUGUACCAGAAAGUCAGUACCCGAAGCCAAGAGCAUCCGACAUUGAACGCCUACUAAGGAGCAGAAACCAUUAACGGUUGGUUACUCUUCACUUACCUCAAGCUGGUUAAGCAUGUCAAUUGUGUUUUCCAAGUCUCCAUUAUUAGCUGCAUACACAUCCAUAAGUGAUUCAAAAGAUACACCAGGAAACGUCAUCUGUAGAAAUUCCAAUUCAAAGUCAGAAACUUCAUCCAUAAUUUGCUUUUCGGUUCUUCCAUCCUGCUGCUGUGAUAAUGAACCAUAGACUCCAUUCCCAUAAUGGCUUUCGGCUGAAGUAAUUGGAGAAGCUUUCCCAUGCUGCCUGUUCUCAAUGGCAUACCCAGGUCCAUACCACACGUUUUGAUUGCCACUCUGCGAAGCUUUUGCAACCACCCCUGGAGAUUGAGUAUGUUCAACUACUUCCCUCCUAGAAACAGGUAUAUACGAAGCUGCAUAUGGGUUCAAACUAGAAUUUCCUGGCUUCAUUGCUACAAUGGAGAAAAGGAACCACUGAGAAUCAAGAACAAACAAAAAGAAAAUGAAAUUAAACAACAUAAGCAAAUGUGACAGGAUUUCAGCUAGGAAAUUCAUGAUUCGCAGAAGUUCAAAAGGAAAGGUUCUGACUUCUGAGUACAAGGAAAAUGGAGGAGAAUUCAAGACUGACGAAAUCAUCAUUUACUUUGAUUAUACCAAUGCUUAUUUACUAUCCAGCUACAGCCAGGACAGUAUCCUUAACACUCAAAAGACAAACAGAUCGAGAAAGAUCAGCAGGGAGUUCUGAAGUAAGAUUUUCAAAGUUAACCACUACAACUACACAGUCAAAUCAACCCGCCAUGGUCACGGAGCGUUAAAGCAAUGGCAGGAAGCUAGCUACUUAAACCCUUCUUAUCCAUCCUCAUCAAUCAUUCAGUCACUAAUAUCUGCUGAAACUAGCAAGAUAGCCAAAAGAAUCUCAACUGCAAUCAUACAAUUGAAGGCUAGCAGUUGAAGAAAGCAGUCUCCAUAACAAGUUUCUUCAACCUUCAGAGUAACUUUACCGAAACAAAAUACGAUUCAACUAAACACCACACACAUCAAUCAUACAGUGAAACUAUAAAAAAGAAAAAUACACUGUACAAAGAAACAAGCGAGAGAUCGCCUUUACGAUUCAUUUCUCAUACUCGUAACCCUACUUUACAUUACGUAUCCACCGCGGGAAAUUCGAAACAAGAUCAGACUGGAUUCCGAUUCCAAACAGCAGAGAUCGAUGAGCGGAGCACGCCGUUCUAACAAAGACGGUUGUUUGCUCGCAGAUGUACCUCGACAGCGAAAGCGCGAGAAUGUGGAAAGAUCGCCGGGAAACGAAACUGGAAUUGGAAUUCUUUUCCUUCACGUCCUAGAGUUGGUCGUUCCGAUCGGUUGAGCGCCGGUGAGAGCUCGGUUUCUUCUCCAGACGAGCAGGGAGCAACCGAGCAUUUAAAGGAGAAGAAAUGAUCGAGAACGAAAUUGAAAAGAAAGGCUUCUCAAAGAUACGACCAUCCACGGCCGUUUAUUAGAUCGCCUUUUGUGGGUCUGUUAAGUGUUAAGUGACGGCAGGUUUACGUGUAAGGUGUAACCCGACUAACCCCCACAAGAUUCGUGUCUAUGCGUUUUA